AUGGCAUUUUUCAGCCAUGACAUAGUCCAUCGUGUGGAUCCAUGUUACCACAAGUGGACUUUCAUGUAUGGGAAGACCAUGCUUUUCUGGCAUGGCUCGACCCCGCGGCUGGCUCUAGCCGAUCCAGAAAUGAUAAAGGAAGUUUUGCUGAAUAAAUCCGGGCACAUCGUAAAGGUCAAGCUUACACCACUGGCUGAGCAGCUCUUUGGGAAGGGACUCAUUGAUUUGCACGGUGAAAAAUGGAGUAUCCACCGAAAGCUCGCCAAUCCAGCCUUCGUCAUGGAUAGAGUUAAGGCGUGGGUUCCUGAAGUUGUGGAAAGCACUCAAGAGGUGCUAAACAAGUGGGAAAAUGGGAUAGGAGAAAGAAAUGAAAUAGAAGUGGAUGUGCUCAAACAGUUUCAUAUACUGUCUGCAGAAAUUUUAUCAAAAACAGCUUUUGGUAGUGACUUUGAAGAGGGAAAGCACAUAUUUGAACUACAAGACCAACAAGCCAUGUUGACCUUAGAGGCGCUGAGGACCAUAUACAUUCCCGGUUUCAGGUUUCUGCCUACACGCGACAACAGGAUGAGAUGGAACGUAGAGACGGAAACUCGACGUUUGAUAAAGAAUUUGAUUUAUAGAGAAAAGAAAACGGGAGGGAACUCAAAAUGUCUGCUUAGCCUCUUGUUAUGGGGUGGGUUGCCGGUGGAAGAAGUCAUUGAUGAAUGCCAGACGUUCUAUUUUGCUGGAAAAGAAGCUGUUGCCAUAUUUUUGACUUGGACGCUUGUGCUUCUGGCGUUGCACCAAGAAUGGCAGAUCAAGGCAAGGGAAGAAGUUCUUCAAGUUUACAGCAACGAUAAGGUUCCGAAUGCAGACAGCCUAAGUGACCUGAAGAUUGUGGGUAUGAUACUUAACGAAGCACUCCGGCUCUACAAUCCGGUUCCAGAUUUGUUCAUGGAAGCCACUCAGAAUAUCAAAGUGGGAAACCUUGAUGUUCCGGCUGGUACACAGAUCUAUGUGCCUGUGACUGCGACUCAUCACAGCACCGAGAUAUGGGGAGCGGAUGCAAAUGAGUUCAAUCCGCAAAGAUUUGCUCAGCCUCGAAAGCAUCUCGCCUCAUUUUUCCCAUUCGGCAUAGGAAGCAGGAUUUGCAUCGGUCAAAAUUUUGCGUUGAUGGAGGGAAAAAUUAUCCUAGCUAUGAUUCUCAAACAAUUCUCUUUCGCAUUGUCACCAUCCUAUGUUCAUGCUCCUGUCACAUUUCUCACCGUCCAGCCUCAGUUUGGUGCCCAGAUCCUUUUCAGCAGGCUCUCAGGCUGA